AUGAUUUUGAACGUUUUAACCAUUUCGAAGCAAGUGAAUGGAUUGAGAAGAAUCGUACAGAAAACCAACGGAAUAAGCUCAAACUUGCAGUUUAGCCGAAGCAAGGCUCUGAAACAAAUUAUUGGAAUACGGCCUUUCCGUCACUCCCAGCGCUUCUACUCAACUGACAAUCGUGAUUUGGUAAAGGAACCAGAGAAGAAACAGCAGCAACAGCAACGGACAAAAAGCGCGAUAACUAAUGGAAUAUGGACUUUACCAAACGUGUUAACGAUGAGUAGAAUAGCGACAACGCCCUUGAUUGGUUACUACAUCUUAACUCAGAACCUUGCCCCCGCAAUGUCUUUAUUCGUGUACUCUUGUGUCACUGACUUUUUAGAUGGGUACCUUGCGAGAUCGUACAAGAUGAAAUCUGUAGCUGGAACAGUUCUUGAUCCAAUGGCAGAUAAGAUAUUAAUGAUGACAACGACAGCCGCUUUGUGCGUACCUUCUGGCCCCCAAAUCAUUCCGUUAGCGGUUGCUGGACUUAUUUUCGGAAGAGAUCUAUUGUUGGGGUUGAGUGCCAUUUAUUUCAGGUAUGCAUCAAUGAAGCAUCGUUACGGCUCUGUUACAUGGAACUCGUAUUGGGAUAUUUUCCAUUAUCCAAGCGCAGAGGUUAAACCAACGCAAAUUUCGAAGUGGAACACUUUCGUACAAAUGAUCUAUGUAGGAUUUGGUGUUGUCCUCUUGAUCAUAAAUAACACUAAAGAUGAGGAGGAAGGCAAAGAAGGUUUGUUGAAGGAAAAUAGUCAAUUUGCGUUUACUUUACUGGGCUAUUUGGUCAGUGUAACGACAGUAUGGAGUGGAGCAUCCUACGUGUUCAAUAAAAAUGCUGUCCGUUAUCUGAGUAAAUUGAAGUGA